AUGACGGUAUUGCCCGCCCUCCGUUCACGCGGUUUCGUCGCUGCACAUCCUCCUCGAGUUGAUCUGGAUGAAACUCCGCCUCUUCUACCGAGGAAGAAUCAAUUGCACUGCGCCAUCACACUCUCCAACAAGGAGGUGCCGCAUUGGCUGGGAGAGAGCAAUUACAUCUUGACCGGCUACCGAGUACCAUGCAAUUCGAUCGCUCGUUGUUUUUACAGCUGGUUCUACCUUCAUAAUGAGACCGUCAACAUCUAUACACAUCUCAUUCCAGCCAUUGGCUUUGCCGCUGCUGAGGUUUUUGUUUUCCGGCACUUUGAGACUCUCUACCCCGAAGCUCCGGUAGUAGAUAAAGCCGUCUUCGCGCUUUUCUUACUAACCGCCAUAAUGUGUAUGGGCUGCUCGACCUUGUUCCACACGUUCAUGUGCCAUUCUGAGAAGGUCGCCAAGGCAUGUCUGCGUGCAGACUAUAUGGGAAUUGCUGGGCUGAUCUUCGGUGACAUCAUCUCCGGCACUUAUGUGGUGUUUUAUAGCGAUACGGCAUUAUGGGCUUUUUACUGGGCGACUGCAUUUGUGUUCAGCUCCUUGACAUGCAUGAUAUUAUUCCACCCGAAGUUUGAAGGUGAGGAGUACCGGACUUUCCGUGCGUGGACAUUUAUCUGCACCGGGUUGUCUUCACUUGCACCCCUGAUGCAUGCCAUCUUGCUCUAUGGCCUCGAGGACAUGAUGGAACACGGCGGUCUUCCGUACUACCUCCUUGAAGGCCUGUUGCACAUCAUUGGAGUCAUAUUCUAUGUGGGUGGGGUGGAGUGGGAAACGGGCGGACAAGUCCCUGGCCCAGGAUACAUGUCAUGGGCUUGUGCUGCUUUUGAGAUACUCAGACCCGCGCCCCAGAGUCUCUGA